AAUAGUGAUUACAUGUUGUUGGCUAACUGAAGAUUUUGAAUUUCAUAAAAUCUUGUUGAAUACAAAAGAUUGGUUUGAUGACAAAAUUCUAGAUAAAUGGGAAUUAACUAAUUUGAAAUUUAUUUGUAUUGCAGAUGAAGUAGUUAAGUUGAAUGAUGAUAUUGGUAGCAAUUAUUUCAUAGUAGCAGAUUAA